AUGAUCACCACCGCAGUCUUCCUGGGUUUGCUUGUAUCCGGGAACGCACACCGCAGCCAGCAACGCAUGUUCGGAACCAGCGGCCGAACUAUCGGUGGCCGAGCCACGAGGAGUUCGACGGCGUUCUUCUGCCAAAGACCGCGAUGCCACCGCGGUAUCUACCCCGCUACCUGGGGAAAGGUAACCCCCCCCUCCGGCAGGAACUACAGGCUCCAGGAUUGCAGGCGCGUGUGUUUGGCGGCUCCACGCCCCUCGGAGGAAUGGGGGAAGGAAAAUGGGGCUGGAGCAGCAGCGAAGCGUCUUGGACAAGAAAUAGCGCAGGUGCUACGAACUACGGGGACGCGAUUGAUUCUGCACUUCGACCUGAACAAGACUCUGAUCAUGGUUGACCCAGCCGGUCGGAAGACCCAAUCCCAGGUCCUCAACAGCGUGCUCGCGGAUAUAUGCUGGGGGCACGUGGAACAUUCCGGCGCAAAGGAAACGUCGGUAUGGACAUGGAAUGGGAGUUUCUCCUCCCCUAUCCGCAAGGCCCCCCCCUCCACAGAGCCUAGUCUGAGGAGAACGCCAUCUGGGCCGCGUGGCCUUCAGCCACAGAACCACCAGGAGACCGCCCCAGUAGCUCUCGUGUCGUACUCGGACUUUUUGCACCAAGAGUUCGGAGACGCGGAGGGAAAGGACAAUCGGCGGAUGAAGGAUAUCAGGGACGAGAGGAAGGGGUGUUUUACAGAGGAUGGUCAGCCUGGCGUUGGCCUACGGGCGGAGUAUCUGAAGCUCGAGAAGGCGCUGGCGCUACCGGAGGCCGUGGCGAAGAGUCCACUUGCGAAGGGGGCGGGAUUGGCGGGGAGAGAGAGUCUCUACAUUCUCCCGUCAUUUUUCCGGUGCCUUCUAGCCCUCAAGGAGGCAAACGCGGACUUCGGCGUGGUGUUCCGAACCUUCGGUGACGACAUUGCGGAGGUCUCCAGAGAGUACAACGCGUUCUGCGAGGGGGAGCAUCCCCUGUUCCCUGGGGCAAAAAUGGACGGCAGUGACGGGCGCGGAGACUACCGCGUUCACUUAACGGACCAGGCCGAAGGCAGCCAUGGCCACAACACGGUCGGAGCCUUCUUCCGAGAUGAGGAAGGGCUAGCCCUCGUCAUGGGCACUCUUGACAAUCCUCAGGACCGACACCAGCUCAGGUCGAUCGAGAGUAAGGGCCAUCCCGUCUACCGGUCAGUCGCGGACGCCCACGACGCCAUCUGCGAACGGGUUGUGAGCGCCCCGCUCCCACCGGCAGGCUCCGUGGCACCAAAGCCCGCCGCCGCCACCACCACCGCCGCCGCUCCCCCGCCUAGCUGCGGCGAGUCGACCAAUGGGAUCGCCGGGAGUGGUGAGAGAAACAAUCACGGGCGGUGCCUGGCCCUGCGAGACUUCUACCCGUUCUGGCGGAAGAACCUGGAGUCCGCCGAGGCGGGGAAGGUUCUUCCGGUCGACCUGUCCGACAGUCCGAAGGUGUGGCCGGUCAUGUUCGACGACAACAUCGGGCACUGGCGUCCUGACGGCAGCGGCAGCGGUGCCCACAUCGUUGACGUCAGGGACAUGGUGACGGGACGGCCUGUACCUUUCGACACGGCUCUCGAGCGACAUAUCGUACGGGCAGAACCGUUUCUGGCGAUCGACCAGGACGACGUUGCUGUCCGUGCUGCUGCUGCUGAUGCGUCCAACCAUAAUGUUUUCUUGGUGCAGAUUUUGAAGCGAUUAGCACCAGAGAGGGCGGGGCUGUACACGAGUGCCUGUGAUGGGUUUUCUUCGAAAUUGUAG